CCGGUCCGUCCGAUCUGAGUGGGGACGGGGUCCAUCCGAUCUGAGUGGUGACACGCGGCGGACAGCGUGGCGGAGUACACGUAGGAGAGGAGAGGAGAGGAAGCAGCAGUGUUCACGUGGACAGAGGAGCCAGCGGUGUGGGAGGUUGAGAGAGAGAGAGAGAGAGAGAGAGAGAGAGAGAGAGAAGGCGCAGCCAUGAUUACGGCACGUGGGCGACUGCUGGUGGCGCGAGUCGCUGCGCUCGCGCUGCGAGAUGCGAGGCCGCGACUCUCGCGGAGUCUGCAUCAGGUCGGGACUGGGACUGACUUGACCGUUGCAAGACGAGGAUGGGGAUCGCCAUUCGGCUCAUCAACGACGAGAGUACAACGGGUAAGGCGGCCAUUCGAUUUUCAAUUCUAAUAAACUGGAUCUCAUUCGUUGCAAUCAUCAACAAUUCGAAACCGAAUAUUCAACGAAAGUACCCCAUCUUCGAGAUUGAUGAUGUCCAUGCUGCUGCUGCUGCUGAUUAUGCUGCUGCUGAUGAUGUUGAUGAUGAUGAUGUUGAUGAUGUUGAUGAUGAUGAUGAUGAUGUUGAUGAUGAUGAUGAUGUUGAUGAUGUUGAUGAUGAUGAUGGUGAUGAUGAUGAUGAUGAUGAGUAUCGAAUAUUUUGCCUGUCGAAGUAUGCCGAGUUUGAAUCGAUGAAACAGUACAACAUCGCGACCGGGAUGACGGUGACGAGAAAGAGCAUGUGGACUCGGCCGAUCCGUCUGAUUCGGGUGAAGAAGGAGCGCAUGUUGCUCGAGUUGCGGGCGGCGGCUGAUUUGGCUAAUUUCAGGGAUCGCUCGCUCAUUCUGAUUAAUUUGCCGGAGGACGUGAAGAUUCACGACAUUGAACGCUUGUUUGACGGCAACAGGAUUGCUGCCCACGGUAUAAAGCUCUUUACAAUUAUGCAUGAGAUAGUGAAGACGCCCCCGAGAUUGCGGCUGCAGGGCGAGAGGAGGCACGAGCUCCACAAUAUCAUGGAAAAGAGGGCAGUGGUGAAAUUCGAAUCGGAAUUGGAGGCGUUGAGAGCGCUGCGUGAGAAGCAGGGCGAUUUUGUUUUCGACCGUGAGGUGCAGCUGAAGUUUCUGCGUUGAUUCGGGCGAGCUGCUGCUGCAUAGGAAACGGCGGCGAUGAUUCCGGCGUAUUGUUUUUGUCUUAUCUUUUUCUCUCUACGGGCGUAGCUGGAAGGUGAACUAGUUGGACGGAUGACAGUGGUAGUAGUAGUCGUAGUCAUAAUCGUCGUCGUCGUUGUCGUGGUUGUCGUUGUAGCAGUGUUUGUGUGGAGUGGGUGGUGGUAGACCUUGAAGGGUGGGUGUCUGAGGGUCCCAGGUGGGCCUCUGAGGGUCCCAUGGUGGGCCUCUGACGGUCCCAGGUGGGCCUCUGAGGGUCCCAUGGUGGACCUCUGAGGGUCCCAUGGUGGGCCUCUGAGGGUCCCAUGGUGGGCCUCUGAGUAUGGAUCAACACAGGGGAAGACGGGAAAGAGGGAGAGGGAGAGGGAGAUGGAAGGGAGAGGAAGGGCGAGAUGGAGAGGGAGAGGGAGAAGUCGAGGAGGAGGAGGAGGGUGAAAGCACAGGUCAGGUAUCUGACUAGAAGAGUAGGUUGCCAGGUCAAGUUCUUUGUAUCUGGACCGGUUAUAGCUUCUGAGGGCUUACUCGACCACUUCAGAAUUCUGUGGGAGUGUCACACCUUUCCGAAGGGCGUGUCGUUCACACAUGUUUCCAUGUCAAGAGCACAUUUUUUUAAAUUGAAAAGUGAAUGCAUCGUUGGUCGGUCAGUCAGUAAACAAUAGCUCUGCGU